AUGUCGCCCUUCUCAGGCCCAUGGUCGCGCGAUCUGGCCACCCUCGAAAAGACCAUCUCCUCGAUCCCUUCAGAUCACAAGUCCUCAUUCACGACCGCGUCCAACGAUACACUCGAUAUCUUCUGUGAUCCCGAGGCUCUGCACGUCUGGGAGACGGACAGCGACAUCGAUAGCAUGCUACAGUUGACCAGUGUUCUUGCGAAGCUGUGCGAUCUGGGCGUUCGAGAGUCCAAAGAUGUGGUCAAGGGUAUGAAGGGUGGUAUGGUCAUCAUUGCAGAAGAGGACAGGUGCAGGGGCCACUUCUUAAGAUUGUGCGAAUUGGUCGAGUAUCUUACAGGUGAGACGGGGAGCAAACACCUCGAGGGAACAGUGCGCUCUUAUGCAAAUGCGAGUAUUGUCGUGGUACGAGGAUGGAAUUACCACCCCCGUACUAGCGGCGCUGGCAAUCAUGACGUGGAGAGAGUAGUCAAGCGCGUGAGUACAGCGCUCGAACGUGCACUCUCUGCUUCGAAAAUGCACAAGAUCGCCUGGCAUCAUGGCGCGGUUGUUGGACCGUUGCUGUCUUUCAUCAACACCACGACGUCCUCUUUACGCAACACCCUCGCGGGAGUAAGCGUUACGAACUCACUGCAUCUCGUAAGCAGCGUCAAGCCGUCCAUGGCAGGCAGGAUCAAUACACUUCCGGACCUGGAACGGCUACAAUCGUAUGCUAAGAAGCUGGGCAUCCCAGUCCUCUUCCUCGACAGCAGCACUCAAAACAUCACAAGCCCGUACCUAGGAACGUACAUGUACUUCUUCGCGUACUACAUUCACACGUUCCUCCCGUUCUCGCUCACGCGACCUCAUCUUCACGCGGCGCAAGACGAGCUCGUCACCUUUGCAUUUCAACUUCGGGGUGCGAGCGAGAAGCGCUAUGGCUCGGACGUGGUAAGUGUCGUGAGGAAGCACCUUGAUCCUCGCAGUAAGGCAUGGGCACGUCGAUGUAUCGACCUGCGGAGCUACGAGAAAGGUAAGUGCCAGGCUGCGGGCAAGGAGAGCGAAGUGCAUCAUGCCGUCCAGCUCGCGGACGCACCUUUCGCGCUGUCCAAAGCUCUGUAUUCCGCAGGGAGUGAUAGCGUCGCAGCGUUCGCGCGUCUUGCCGUUGGUCCAGCGAGUCCCGCUGCGGCAGCGAAAGAAGUGUUUAUUGCAGCGCCUGUUGAUAUCUCCUUCAGUACGUCUCGCCUACGCCCGAGCCAUCCGAGCAACUUCCACGUCUUGCUGCCGAAAGAAGCUGUCACCGAGGAGAACAUCACAAACCGCAUCCAAGGCCUAAUGAUGGGCGUUCUCGAGCGUGUACGUCAAGAGCAUGGCAACCCUACCUUCGGCUCGAGGGAGCGGCAAAUGUGGAAAGAUGUAGUCAAAGCAUGUUCCUGGGCGCUGAAGGGCUGCGAAGGCAAGAUGCCAGACAAGAUCGCUGAGAAAGUCAAGUUUGUGCAGGAGAAACUCACAAAGGGUACGUGGGGCUACGUUGUCGGCGCACCAGGCGAUGAGCCCAAGGCAGUACCCGCGGGUGACGGCUCAGGGGCGGCGAGUGCGAAUGCUGCGGCCCAUGCAGCUCUCUCGGGCACUGCGGCUGGAGUGCAGAACGCGUAUGCGCAGGGUUAUGGACAGCAGCAGAUGUCGAUGGCGAGUGGGCAUGGACAACAGGGCAUGAUGAAUUUGCCUGCUGCCUCGCCGGCGACCUACUACCCUCAGCAGCCGCAGCCAUACGCGCAAGGCCAGCAGGGUGGGCAGAUGAAUAUGGCUCCAGCUGUGUAUCACCAGGGGCAGACAAAUGGGUACGGGCAGGGUCAGGCGAAUGGGUAUGGACACAGUGUGCCGCCGCCUGAGUAUGGGUAUGCGCAGCAGAUGCCGGGUGGGUAUCCACCGACACCGCAGGAAGGGCAUGCGCAGAUGCGAAGGCAGUGGUGA